UUAUUUCUUCUAUUGCGGAUAUAUUAUUUUACAGUUUUGGAAUAUUUUGCAAUCAAGGUUUCAACUAUCUAAUCCAUUCUGCUGUAUUCUGUGUUCUAAUGAGAACUUCCCUACUCAUGUUUCAUUAUUUUUUAGGAGAUUUAAUUUUCAAAUACUGCGAAAAGAAUUCGAAGCUAUUGACUUAUUCUAUUUCUAUGUUAUCAUGGUUUAUCCUUGUUUCCUAUGCAUCCCAGAUUUUAGUUUUGAUGACAAGAACAGUUUUCAGCCCUCCAUUUGACAGUCUGGAAACUUUAUACGAUACUGAUUAUAUUAUUUUGUCAGAGGAAAAUUCAGUUCUGCAUAUUGGCUUUAAGGUAUGUUAGAAAUUGAUUCAUCGUAUUGAAAAGCAUCACUCAUAAUGAAUAGCUUGCAAACGACCGCGUAAUUGAUUGAAUAUUCAUACACUUUCAUAGUCUCAUCUUUGUACGUGUGAACUUUUGUACUCAUUUUCACGCAUGUCGCGAGUUUUAUCACGGCAUUCAUUGCUUUCCCAAUAAAAAAGUCAAAGAUACUUGCGUAUGUAUUCAGCGAUUUAUACGACUUUCUUAAUAUAUGCGCAAACUAAGAUCUCGAGUUUCUACUGUACAGAUGAGAUUUCUACCGAUCUAUAGUCCCCUAAUAAAUUCGAACCGGAUUCUAUUUCUGUCUUCUGCCAAGAAAAUAAACGAAUUGGUUUGUUACGAUGACAAUGCAAAAUACGCUUUAUUAGACAGCAUACACAAUAAAAGAGAUGACAUCGACUGUACCCUGGCGCCUGUUGGCAGAGAAUAUUACAAAACAUCGAUCGUAUCUGGCAUUACUAAAGGAUUUAAGUACAAACGAGCAUUUGACAUAGGGAUUAUAAAGCUGCACGAAUGUGGAAUAAUCAAUGCUUUGAAGACUCGUUGGCUUGAGUCUCAAGUUAAACAAAAACGAAAACACCGGAGUAGUUUGUACGCUCCUGUAACUAUCAAUCAAGUGGCCUUAGUUAUUUGCAUAUACGUUUUCGGAUUUUUCACGUCAAUUUUCACAGUGAUUUUUGAAAAUAUUAUUUAUAAGAAAAGUGAAAAAAUUAAGUAAAUCUUCUAUUUUCUUUUGUAGUGACAUACGUAGAGUAUAAAUAAAGCAUGUAUAAAAUGUACUUUUAUAUCAUGUAAGUAAUCAAAGCAUAAAUCGUAGAGAAUAAAAGAAUUUUUAUUGAUCGUGCAUGUAACGUAAUGCAUAAAAUUCAAAUAGCAUGGUUGAUAGCAGAACACGAACUAACAUUAUCGUGUAGUUAAUGUUCUGCACGUGUGCUUUUUCUUAAUUAUUAUGUGACAAGCUUACAAUUUGAAAAAUAUAAUCGUUCAGAAACAUGCAUUAGCAUCUGAAGCUUUUAACAUCAAAAACGUGAUUCUCAAAAAUUAUUCAUAAAAGCGAAAUUUGAACAAUGAAUGUAUUAAUUAUUGUCAUUUUUUACGGGUUUAAUAGUUGUUUUGGAAGUAAUGGUUUCAUAUGGGAUAAAGAACAGAAAAACUUUGUGCCUAUUUUUAGCAUUAAUCAGUUUAAACUUUUUCAUGAUAAAAUAUUAAACAAAAGUCGACAAAAUGAAGUGCACAAUUUUGGUGGACAAGAAUUACAUUUCACAUAUUUUGAAGAUCCUGACUAUUUUGAGUUUUAUGAUAAUGACACAAAAGCAACGGGAAUUAGCGGUGAUGUCUGGACAAUACUAUCUAGAUAUUUAAAUUUCACAAUGGUUUUAAAAAAGACAUAUGAUCGAGAGUUAGGAACAAAACUUAGGCCAGAUGAAAAUUUUACAGGAUUAUUGGGUAUGUUAGAAAGAAAAGAAUAUACCAUAAUACCCAAAAUGGAAGCUUACUUGGCUCGUCUAGAAGCAGUUGAUUUCAGUUUUACUUUUUAUAAAGAUCAUUAUAGGUUCUUUAUUAAACCUUCUUAUCAGUUCAACACUUUUUGGAUGCUCGAUCUGUUUUCUUGGAAAAUAUGGUGUCUUAUUGUCAUCUUUUAUUUGCUGCUCAGUAUCAUAGGUAUAUUGUCACAUAAGUUAAACGCCCAAAACUAUCCACAUAACGUAAUACGCUCAUCAAUAGAUUAUUUAUUCUAUAGUUUCGGUGCACUUUGUAACCAAGGUGACGUGCUUUAUUUAUUUCAAAAAAAUUUUCAAAUUCUGUCGUUUAGUAUGAGUAUGUUUUCCUGGUUUUUGAUAACAUCCUUUAGUUCGCAACUCAUUAUUUAUAUGACACGAACUAUUCUAAUUCCACCAUUUGAUGAUUUUGAAACACUAAUGGAUGAAUCUGAUUACACUAUUUUAGCAGAAAAACACUCAAUCGUGCACCUGGGUUUCACGAAAAAUUAUAGGCCAAUCUACACGCGUAUUAACAAAGCAGGUCGAAUUAAAUUUUAUUCUAAUUUUAAACAUAUGUGGAAUUUAGCUUGUUCAGAAAAUAAGCAGUACACUGUAUUACAAAGUCAGUACCUAAAGUUGGAUGAAAAUUUAAGUUGUAAGCUUGACCCAGUAGGCAAAGAGUACUUUAAAACUUGGAUUGUUGGCGGAAUUGUCAAAAAUUUUGCAUACAAAAGAUCUAUUAAUAUAGGAAUUUUAAGAUUACAUGAAUACGGCAUAAUUAAACGCUUAAAAACUAGAUGGUUAGAAUUAAAACAUCUACCAAAUACUGCAUCAUAUUAUUCACCAAUAACCUUAGAUCAAGUUUCUUUACUUUUUAGCAUGUAUCUUUUUGGUUUUCUUACAACCAUUUUGGUUAUAAUAAUAGAAAAAAUAAUAUAUUUCAGAAAUAUAAAAUCCAAAUAAUAAAAAAAUAACCGUUAUUAUAAUUUGAUUUGUAUAUGCUUUUCAUACGUUCUAUAUUGUUAUUAUAAAUAAAGCCAAACAGAUUAUCG